UGCACCAACCUCAGAAGAGCUGGAGCAGUUCGCCAAGGACCUCAAGCACAAGCGUAUCAUGCUGGGCUUCACCCAGGCUGACGUGGGGCUGGCUCUGGGCACCCUCUACGGGAAGAUGUUCAGCCAGACGACCAUCUGCCGCUUCGAAGCGCUCCAGCUCAGCUUCAAGAACAUGUGCAAGCUGAAGCCGCUGCUGCAGCGCUGGCUCAACGAGGCGGAGAACACGGACAACAUGCAAGAGAUGUGCAAUGCGGAGCAAGUGUUGGCCCAAGCCCGGAAGAGAAAACGCAGGACCAGCAUUGAGACCAAUGUGAAGGGGACGCUGGAGAACUUCUUCCGCAAGUGUGUGAAGCCCAGUCCCCAGGAGAUCUCCCAGAUUGCUGAGGACCUCAACCUGGACAAAGACGUGGUCCGGGUCUGGUUCUGCAACCGGCGUCAGAAGGGCAAACGGCUGCUGCUGCCCUUCGGCAACGAGGCGGAGGGGGUGAUGUAUGACAUGAACCAGUCCCUGGUGCCCACUGGCCUGCCCAUCCCGGUGACGUCCCAGGGCUACAGCCUGGCGCCCUCCCCUCCUGUCUACAUGCCGCCCUUUCACAAAGCUGAGAUGUUCCCUCAAGCGCUGCAACCUGGGCUCUCCAUGAGCAACAGCAGCCACUGAACCGGGGGCUGCGGGGCCGGCAGCAGUGCCGCCCCGACACUGCGGCUGGGCUGGCUCUCUGGGGGAAGCUUCCACCGUUCGCCCUGAGAAGGCAUGGGCACGGCCCCGCUUGUGCUCCCAGGGCCUGCCUGGGUGCUCGCUGGGCUGCCCGAGGGCUUUU